AAACGCUUUUUGUAAGUCGACAAAUAUAGUUGAAUUACAUGAAAAUAUCAUUUCAUCAGCUUAUUGAAGUUGAUAUGGCUAAUUAAAAAUAAUUAAUGUUAAAAUACUAAGCAAAAUAGCCAUAAGUACAACAUUAUAAACUGAUUGAUAUUACUAAUUAUAUAAAAGUUAUGUAUUCAUGUUACAACUUUUCAUACUUAACAAAUCUCAAUACAGCCAAAAAUAUAUAUGAUUUCAAGAAAACCAGUGUUUUUUGUCUGAUGAACUUUGCCAAUGAGCAGAGAAAAUACAAUUGAUCCAUUAGAUAUCAAAAACCAAAUAUGCCCUAAAAUUGCAGAUAAGCCCUCUGUGCUUAGCACUGCCAUAUAGUAUGAAUAUACUUGAGAAAAGUGCUAAAAUGUACAGGGAUUUAUUAAAAGUUACCAUAGAGGAUACUCUCAAAAAUAUUAAAAAAAUUAUCGGUUGACGUUUUAUAAAACUUAAUUUCAUUUCAAUAUGUUAAAAUACCUGUCACCAGAUCAUGAUAUAAAAGACUGAAUGGAAAAAUUUUGAUAAAAUUUAACCUUUCUCUUUAGGGUAUCAUGUGUUAUCAGUAUUGAAAUUUCAUUCUAUGAUUGAACUGGGAUGUGUUGAAAUAAUGUUAUCACCAACUACAGUUGUUAUAGUAUUUUAUUGGUUUUACAUUUAGAGUAUGAUUUUGUUUAUUAAAUUGGAUGAUAAUGCUUAAUUUGUUAGGUUAAAAUUAUCUCUGCAGAAGCUGAUGCUUGAUAUUGCAUUAAAGAGGAUUGUAAUCAGUAUAUGGGCGCAUAUUGCAAAAUUUUUUGAACACCAAAAAUAUAGUAGCUAGAUGCUGAAAUAAGGAAGUUAAGACUCAUCUUCAUGAUUUUUUUGUCUAUAUCCAAAAUAAUUAGAAUCAAAAUUAUCAAAAAGGUGAGAAACAUACAAAAUAAGGUUUAUAUUUAAAAAAAAAUCUUGACCCAUCAAAUACAUUGUUUUGACAUAGCCAAAGGUAGCCAACAAGGUAAAAAACUGACAAAAGUCAAGAUUAGGCAUGCAGAAUACAAUGCCGGGUUUAUGAAGCCUGAAAAACCAUACCGCAUCUACCAGUAGCGACGGCAUCUAGCGGUCACAAUGGUGACUCCACUGUCAAAUGCGAACUGAGAUAUAGUUCCAUUAGACAGCUAGUGAAGCAGUGGUCGAUUCUGCACUUUGUGCUCUCUUAUUUUGAAAAAAAACCUAACAUUCAAUUACAGCAUUUAAAUACUUCCAUACCUACUGAUACAGGUUAUAAAUACUCGGUAUACAAAAAGAUUCCAAGUUUUUUUUGGAUCUUGUUAUUUCUUGUAAUGCAUCAUUUUUCUCAAUUGUAUUUUCUGUUGCGUUGCGGCUAACGGCUUUGUUUGGUUCAUUAUGGUACGAAAUAUUUCGUUAUUUUUAAUUCUUCAACUUUAGUGAUAACUUUUGCGUGUAAAAUUUGUUUUUUAAAGGUUGAUGAGGAGCAAAUUGUAUCGUCGACGGGAGCCUUGUCACUAAAAGAAGUACCAAAGAGGUUAAUUGUUAUUGGAGCUGGUGUCAUUGGUGUAGAAUUGGGCUCUGUCUGGUCCAGGCUAGGAUCAGAAGUGACAGCUGUCGAAUUCAUGCCUAGCAUAGGGGGCAUUGGCAUCGAUGGGGAAGUAGCGAAAACCUUCCAGAGGAUACUUCAAAAGCAGGGCUUGAACUUCAAACUGAGCACGAAAGUAACAGGAGCAACGAAAGAGGGUGGUGUUAUUAAAGUUAAUAUAGAAGAUGCCAAAGAUUCUGAAAAGAAGGAAACGUUGGAAUGCGAAGUCCUCCUUGUCUGCGUCGGAAGGAGGCCUUACACACAUAAUCUUGGCUUGGAAGAAUUAGGCAUUGAAAAAGACCAAAGGGGUAGGAUCCCUGUAAAUUCAGUAUUCCAAACAGUUAUUCCAAAUAUCUAUGCUAUCGGCGAUUGCAUUCAUGGUCCCAUGUUGGCGCAUAAGGCUGAAGAUGAAGGCAUUGUAUGCGUAGAAGGAAUCUUGGGUGGUCCCGUUCAUAUAGAUUACAACUGUGUGCCAUCAGUCAUCUAUACUCACCCAGAAGUCGGCUGGGUUGGCAAAUCCGAGGAGGACCUGAAGAGCGAAGGCGUUGAAUACAAAGUAGGAAAAUUCCCGUUCGCGGCCAACUCGCGAGCGAAAACGAACAACGAGACCGACGGUUUCGUCAAAGUGCUGGCGGACAAAGCGACAGACCGCAUUCUGGGCACGCACAUCAUCGGGCCAUCUGCCGGCGAACUGAUCAACGAAGCGGUUUUGGCUCAAGAGUACGGAGCGUCCAGCGAGGAUGUCGGCAGGGUGUGCCACGCUCAUCCCACGUGCGCAGAGGCGCUCAGGGAGGCCAACGUCGCGUCGUACUUCGGCAAACCGAUCAACUUUUAAGAGCAAUGAUUUUUUAACCCAUCGACGGCUGGUGAGACGGAUACUGCGUGUUUAAUUUUCGUCAAGCGGAUGAUCGGGAGGAUAUAAAAUAUAUAGGUAUUAAAGUUCCGGAACCCUACGAUAAUUUGUGAAUGGUAUGAAAACACUAAGCCCCGCGAUUGAUAGCAGUUUUCCCAAGCUAUGACCUUGACGAUAAUCUUCAAGGUCAUUUGAAGGUCAAGUCCAUUUUUGACUUCGUAAAUGGAAAUUUUACGUUCAACUAUGGUCUUGGCCAUUCUUAAAAUGUGACCUUGGGAGGUCAUGGCCAAGGUCAAACUCAGGUACACGUUACAAAAUUAUUAUUGACAACUAUAUUUUGCGUGAUGUAAAAUAUUAGGUCAUGUUCAACAUUAUGAAAAUGUCAUGUCAGUUGAGGUUCUCAUCAUUUCGUCGAUUUGUACAUAGCUUUAAUCUAAGAGUAAGUUAUUUAUGAGUUGUAAAAGUAGAGAUUAGCUAAUAGUCUCUAAAUAAAAAUAUUUCGGUAUCCCGGACAAUAUGAUUGGAAGACAUUUUUUCUCAAUUUACCUAAAUAUCAUUCAUUGCUAUUUAGCUCAGCGCCACCACUGUCAGAUAUUUUUUUAAUAACAUUUCUGUGUAUUUUUAUUUGUACUUUGUUGUUAUGAUUGCUUGUUAAUUAUCAAAUAAAAAAAUGGCACUUAUUUUUAUGUAUUUUUUUGCUAUAGUCAUUACUUUUGUAGUUUUGUAUUCCUGACCGUUGACGUCAAUCUAUUGUUCAGGACGGAACUGCAUAUACAGAAAACCAAAUGUGUACGAGAAGUGUCUAUAGAAAGAUAUAUACAGGGUGACUUUGAAGUUGAGUCAUUAAUGACUUUUUUAAAUUUUCAGACAAUGAUUGUAGAAGGAAGAUAAACCAAAAAAAGUGUG